UUUCUCUCUAUUUUUUUUUCCUUGUCUCUACUUUUAUAUUAUCCAAAUCAUGAAAGAAUACACCAAGGAAGAAAUGGAGCACAUGCAUAGAAUGAUGAAUGGCGAAUCUGCCUGGGAUCGAAUGAAACGCAAGUCGAGAGAAGAACCAUUAGUACCAGCAGGUGUCGCUUUGACUUGUUUUGCUUUAGUAGCCGCCACAGUGGGUGUCAAAACUGGAAAUAAAGCAUAUGCAAACAACAUGUUCCGUCUUAGAGUUGCUGCUCAAGGAUUCACCAUUGUUGCCAUGGUUGGAGGAUCUCUCUAUUAUACCUAUAAAGAACAAAAGCAAAAGGAAGCUCUUGCUCAAUUACAAGAACGAUCAAAGACCGAGCCUACAAAGAAAGAUGCCUAGUUCAGUGUUGAUCUCUUUAGAUUCUUUUUUUUUUAUCUAUUUAUUUUAGUAUUAGAUGACUUCAUACCAUUUCAUUAUUUUGUCCUCCCUCUUCUUCUUUCCCUCUUUUACUUUGUAGUUAUUCACCUCAACCUCAUAUUUAUUUCUCAUAUUCAUUCAUAUACACACACACACACACACACACAUAUAUAUAUAUAUAUAUAUUAGUACAACA